UCGCUUUGCUUACCACCUACUACCAACACGUGUACACUACCCUGUGCGCGCGCGGGUACAUCUACAUAUUAACACAUAACACUACCCCGAAAAAAGUCUGGUGCUCCUUUCGUUGAAGAAUUACUGCUACCUACCUGGCUCGCUUGCUGGCUGGACGGUUAGCCAGUAGGCUACAUAACAUAACAAAAUAACGGAAAAGACAAGAAAGCAGGACGACCAGAUCAGUAAAAAUACGGGUCUGGCCUUAUGAGGGCCUCUGCCUCACAUAGCGCGCUUGUCGUUCGUUCCUGGGAGACUUGUAUGCCUGGCUAUGUUUAUCCUGAUGCAGGCAGACAUAUGCGGUACAGUUUCACUCCUACAGUACUUUACUCUCUCUUUCUCUCUCUCUCUCUCUCUCUCUGGAGAUUUCGCAUUGUUACGCCAACGCUGGUUGGUACAUACGAUACGUAUAUAGUAGGGGUGUGCGCCGAGGCUCCUACUCCUGGUCUAACUCCUUGUACUUACAUGGGGAACCAAAGGAACCAGACUGUCUUCUGUAUAACUAUGCUUACAUCCCACGGACUGUCUCCAUUAGUCUUUUUUUAUGUAUCGACACACCUUGAUCACUUAAUCAAAGCCUCAAAUUAGACACCGUCAUACACGCAACGCAGUUGGAAGAAAGAGACCACUCCCAUAGCUUUCUCAUAAGUCGCUGCUGUGUCGUCUUUUUCUCACCGGGCACGCC